UGCUAGUCAUGCAGCAAGAGAGGACAUUUAACCUGGACCGAAUUACAGAGAACACCCCGCUGCAAACUCUCAUGUUUGUGCGAAAACAGACAAAGUCAUUACUUUCCCCGCUGGCAUAGUUUCUAAUGAUCACAUUAGUGAUUCGCUCAGAGCAAUGACAAUGUUGGGAAUGUAUGUGCCAGAUAGAUUUUCUUUGAAAUCAUCUAAUGUCCAGGAUGGAAUCGGGCUUUACACGGCGAGACAAGUGAAAAAGGGGGAAAAGUUUGGCCCUUUUGCUGGAGAGAAGAAACUACCAAGUGAGCUGGAUGAGAGCACAGACACCAGACUGAUGUGGGAGGUCCGAGGUAAUAAAGGCGAUGUGCUCUAUGUUUUGGAUGCCAGUAACCCUCGCCAUGCCAACUGGCUGCGUUUUGUCCAUCAGGCGCCAUCACAAGAGGAGAAGAACCUGGCAGCAAUCCAGGAUGGAGAGAAUAUCUUCUACCUGGCAGUGGACGACAUUGAGACAGACACCGAGCUGCUGAUAGGCUACCUGGACAGUGAUAUGGAGGAAGAGUCAGAGGAGGAGGAAGAGGAAAUCAUCAAAUAUGAAGAUGAAAACAGCAAAGAUGCCAAACAUCUCAUUGAAAUGGAGCUGGUGAUCAAGAAGGAGGACCACCCGUGCUUGCUGUGUGAGAGCAGCUUCCCUAGCGAGGAGAUCCUAGCAGCCCACCUCCAGAGCCUGCACCAGAGACCCAGUACUGAGGAGAAGGAGUACAAGUGCAGGAACUGUGGAAAGAAGUUCCCCAUCAAACAAGCCCUGCAGCGCCAUGUUCUGCACUGUGCGGAGACCCUGGGUCCUUCAGGAGACUCUUCCAGAGCCCACCACCAGUGUUCCCUCUGCUACAUCACCUUCAGCUCAGAGUCCAGUUAUGACCAGCACAAGGAGGCGUGUAGAGGAGACGCCAGGUUCAUCUGUAAGGCUGAGAGUUGUGGGAAGAGGUUCAAGAGCAAAGACUCUCUGAAGAAACACAAAGGGAACGUCCACACAGGAAGUUCCAGGCGGAAGCUCAUGUGCACCAUCUGCAACAGGAAAUGUUCCUCCUUACUGAACCUCCAGGAACAUCGCAAGGUACAUGAGAUAUUCGACUGUGCUGCCUGCGACAAGAAAUUAAUCUCGACCAAUCAGCUUAAGCGCCACAUGAUCACUCACUCAGGUAAGAGAGCACACCCACACACACAGCUACACUCAGACACCGUAUACUCUCUCUCUCUCUCUCUCUCUCUCUCUCUCUCUCUCUCUCUCUGUUCCUGGUUAGAGAAACGUCCGUAUACCUGUGAGAUCUGCAGUCGUUCGUUCAAGCGUCUGGACCAGGUGAUGGCCCAUAAGAUCAUCCACAGUGAGGAAAAGCCCUACAAGUGUAAGCUGUGUGGGAAGGAGUUUGCCCACAGGAACGUCUACAAGAACCACAAGAAGACUCACUCAGAGGAGAGGCCGUUCCAGUGUGAGGAGUGCAAGGCCCUGUUCCGCACCCCCUUCUCUUUACAGCGCCACCUGCUCAUCCACAACAGUGAGAGGACAUUUAAGUGUGACCAAUGUGAUGCCACCUUCAAGAGAAAAGACACGCUCAACGUGCACAUCCAGGUGGUACACGACGGACACAAGAAGUACAAGUGUGACCUGUGUGAGAAGGCCUUCGUCACCCCCUCUGUUCUCAAGAGCCACAAGAAGAUGCACACAGGGGAAAAGGAGAAGAUCUGCCCAUAUUGUGGACAGAAGUUUGCCAGCAAUGGAACUUUGAGGGUUCACAUCCGCAGCCAUACAGGUGAGCGCCCAUACCAGUGCCCGUACUGUGACAAAGCAUUCAGCAAGAAUGAUGGUCUGAAGAUGCACAUCCGCACACACACUCGGGAGAAGCCAUAUAAAUGCAGUGAGUGUAACAAGGCCUUCAGUCAGAAGAGAGGUCUGGACGAACACAUGAGGACCCACACCGGAGAGAAACCCUUCCAGUGUGAUGUGUGUGAUCUGUCGUUCAGUCUGAAGAAGAUGCUGAGCAGGCACAAGCUGACCCACAACCCCAACAGGCCCAUGGCAGAGUGCUCGCUGUGCCAUAAGAAGUUCACCAGGAAUGACUACCUCAAAGUGCACAUGGAGAACGUUCACGGAGAGACCGAGGGCUAAGGAACCCAUCUAUUUGAGACAGUUUACUAAAAAUAAAGAUACAGUAUACUAUAUUUAUAGUGUUAUAUAUACAGGAUGACUUGCUAUGCAUUUCAUAUGUAGCAAUAAGCAGUGUUUGUUGCUAUUAAAUACUGUAUAUGCAAAUGCAGAAUAUGGAAAAGAUACAUUUAAAUAUUGAAACAAAUCCUGUACGUAUGAAUUAUGGAGUAUGAACAUUAGAUAUUCAAUUCACAGGGAUUUUUGGAUGAGGCACAAGACCCACACAGUUCUGAUCUGCUUCCAAACUGCCAUUUUCUCCCUGCUUGCCGUUUACAUUCAAUUUCAUUUUGAUAUGAAAGUUUGGGAUUGACAUUUCCAGACUAUGCAGCACAAUACAAUAACUAGCCUAGUUCAAAAAGUCUCUACCCCACAGUCUGCUUCUAGGUUCCCACCUCAUGCCAACCAUACAGUGCCUUUACCACCUCUGCUCAGGUGUCUUACUCUGCCACAACUAUUGUGACCAGGUACAAACUUUCCAAAGAGUUUCCAAGCCAAAGAUGUUUACCAAACACAGCCAGCCUACUCCCUUCCUCCAGCCCACGCAUUGCCUGGAAAUGAAACACAUUACCAUUGUUACAGUUUGUCAAAAUAAUAAUGUUUUUUAUGGUUAUUUCAUAUUCUGAGGGAUCAAGUAGUUUCUUUGUGUUUACACUCCUGUUUUUGUAAUCCUGUAUGUUAAAUGGGAAAUGUAUUUAAUGGAUGGUGCAGUUAUGUUUGUUUCUCUGUAGAUUUUAUAUGACCAGACCAUAGCCUUCCUGUAUUCCACAGACUGUUACACAUUCCCUCUCUUUUACUGUUCAUCUCAAACUGUGAAUAUUUCACAUCACACUUCCAUGUUUUUACUUCAUAAAAGCCUCAUUACCUACAAAACAGGCAUUUAUUCUGUCCAUUCUAAGUGCGUGUUGGUUAACUGUUGACGUUGGGGAAUUUCGGAAACGCUUUGAGAGUUGGUUAAAAUGGUUGACUUUGUUGUUGUUAAUUUAACCCUUAUUCUUGGGUUGGCUGGGAGUCUGCUGGGAGCCUGAGGUAAUUUAAUUGCUUUUUUCAGAGGCCACAGUCAUCACUCUGAUCACCACCUGAUCUAAAGCCACCCACUAAAGAGUCUCUCUGAUGUUUGCUCUACUCUCUGCUCCCUCUAUAGAGGGACUCACUCGGACUCAUUUCUCAAACUCAUCCACUGCUGAUGCUCCUGAAGGGCUCAAAGGCAUUGGUUUGUAGGAUUUACUGAGCCUGUGAGAAUCUCCUGAAUGGCAGUUGGAUGCUUGAGCUGGAAGUCUCUCUAAACUUGUCAUCAAAUAGGCUGCGGUGCUGUUGAAGUGGCUAUAAAUCCUGUCAUGUUUGACAGUCAGUCUCCUCAAAAUCACACUCUGGUUUAUAAAAACAAUAGUCGGUAUGUCUAUUUUCUGUGUUUGGGUGCUUGUUUAUGUGGAUAUGGUGUAAAAUCAAUCAAUAAAUCAAUCCAGAAAACUA